GCACUUAUGAGCAAAAGAACAUUGUCGCUGUUUGUCUGCUUAUUUAUCGUUAUGGUAAAUUAGUGGCUAUCGAUGAAACUGCUUUUCCAAAUAAUUUACUACCGCAAACACUUUACCUUUCCAAAAAAUUUAUCGGAAUUGAGUUAUUGGGAGAAGAAUUUGGAUUUACUUUAAAGUUGCCUCAGCGAGGACGUAAAAAAAAAGCAAUUAACUUGGCUCAACAAAACGCUCAACAACAAGUCAACCAGAGUCAAGUGCUAACUGAAAUUAGCAACUUUUUGUCUAUCCCUACCCCUAAUUAUAUUGAAUGUUUGGACAUUUCUAAUCUUUACAAGCAAGCGGUGGUGGCCGGCUUCUUAGCAUUCAUUAAUGGAAGAAGUAAUUUAGCCAAAAGUAAACUAUACAAAUUAGAAAAUAAAAUUGAAGAAAACUUGGCUAACUCGGAGCAAAAUACUAAUCAAGAGAGCGAUUUAUCCCGAAUAAAAAAGGCUUGCUUGGUUCAUUACCGAAAACACUUAUCAGGACACACACCUCACUUAAUAAUAGUAGAUGGAGGAAAAGAACAAGUUAAAACAGUUCAACAAGUUUUAAAAGAAUUGAACUUAAAAAUUCCAGUAAUUGGAUUAGUCAAAGAUGAAAAACAUCAAACUGCCAAAAUAAUUACCAAUAAUUUAAAAACAUUAGAAUUUGGUAAAAAUGAGAAAAUUAAAAAUUUUUUUAGCAAUUGUCAAGCAGAAGUGCAUCGUUAUGCCAUAAACUUCCACCGAAAACUGCACCGAAAAG